AUGCCAUCAUAUAUCUACCAAGCCGAGCUGCCCCACGGGCUACCCACCACUAGCCAGGUUCAGAGAUUCCAUACUCUGCCAGACGCUCCCGCCAACGAGUUGGAGAGGAUGGUGCAGGAGCUCAGCCAUGGACUCCCCGCGACGGACACCGAGACCGUCAUGGAAGAGGAAACUACCGAUCCCGUGCUUAUUGAUGAUGAUCCUGGCCAAGCCCAGUAUCCGCUCCUCGACCUAAGUGGCCUCGAGGAGGUGAUACAAUUCAUACUUUCCGCAUACGACAUCACGUUCAAGGAGCUGCGCUACGAACUUGUCGAAACGCACGUCGACGGACAAGCCUGCUUUAUCCCAGUCGCUAAGGUCAUCGUCAGAGAACCUCGUGUGCACGGUGUCUGGGGUGUUGUCGGUGACUCGAUUCGCCGCUGCCUAGACUUGUGGGGGUUGGAGGAGUUCGACGUUGAGAUUGACACGUUGCUAGCGAACGUGCAGGAGGGAGACUCAGAGCCGUGGAAUUGA